CAUUGAUACAAACUAAUACCUACAAUUAUAAAUCGCUCUUGAACUUGAACACACCUAAGAAACUCUCCCCAUCACAUGCAUCUAUUGUAUAUUGAACUACAUUAAUAUUUUGGGACUUGUUCUUCAUUAUUCCUACCCAAUUGGCGCUACAAGCGACGUGGAAAAUCACAGAAGACGUCAUGCCUUCAACCCGACUUAUUCGGCCAGCAACGGCUCUUCUGUCCGCAUCAACGAAGCGAGUAAAACCUACGAGAUGUGGCCGGUUAUACGAGGCCGCGCGACAGGCGCACACAAAUUCACAACCGCUAGGCAUAUCGGCGAUGCCCAGACCAACACUACGAACACCCUCCUCCAGAUUACCAACGAUAGCGCCCCUGGGAGCUCGCACUAUAUUCAUACAAACCGCCGUGACACCGAACCCCGAUGCGCUGAAGUUCUUACCGAACCACCAGGUCCUGCCUCCGGAGUUUCCUACGACCUUCGUCGAGUACAUGAACCCGCGGAGCACGAUCGCGCCGCCGUAUCCCUCGCCCUUAGCCGCGCAGCUGAUGAACAUCGACGGCGUGACCUCCGUCUUCUACGGGCAGGACUUCAUAACCGUGACGAAGAGCCCCGACGCGAACUGGAUACAUAUCAAGCCGGAGGUCUUCAGUCUGAUCACCGAGGCCAUAACGGCAGGGCAGGAGAUUGUCGCUUUGAGUAAAAAUGAAGGCGGGGAGGGGGGUCAGGAGGCGAGUGAAGAUACUUUGAGUUAUAACGAAGAUGAUAGCGAGGUUGUGGGUAUGAUUAAAGAGUUGCUUGAGACGAGGAUACGGCCUGCGAUCCAGGAGGAUGGUGGUGAUAUCGAAUUCCGCGGCUUCGAUGAUGGAUAUGUGAAGCUAAAGCUCAGGGGGGCAUGUCGGACUUGUGACUCGAGUACGGUUACGUUGAAGAAUGGGAUUGAGGGCAUGUUGAUGCAUUAUAUCGAGGAGGUUAAAGGAGUCCAUCAAAUUUCGGACCCAGAAGAAGAGAUCGCGAUGCAGGAAUUUGCAAAGUUUGAAGAGAAGCUUCGACAACAGAAAGGGCCAGAUGCAGCUCCGACUACGCUCGGAAAGGACUCGUUAGAUUCUGUCCCCGGAUGAGAGCCUGGGAGAUGUGCCUCAUCCGAUGUAUCAUUAGAACGUCGUCCCAAGUACGUCAUUUUAGAAGAAAUGAGAAUACCCUGAUGCUUCUGGGAUGCAACGUCGGUCACCAAAUCAGUUAAGUUUUUUCUGACAAUGCUGUGUCUUGGGGGCAGAGUUCGGUCAGAAACUUCCAGAGCGAGAGCUAAUGCGGUCUCCGGUCUACCAACGUUAUUCUGUAAUAUCUGAGAUUUAGGUUUGAUUCCUUUUUACUACGGAGAAGAACCCUAUCCGUCAUAAGGUCAUUUGAUAGCUGGGUCAAUAUUAACUUCGACAACCAUUAGGUGAUAGGUAGGUCCGCUGCAUAUUUGGCCAAGAGUCGCCAGGAUCGUCCUUGUGUUGCUCCCCGAGCCUCAUCCCCAUUUAUCUAAUCAAGUUCCGGCACUAGGCGGCGGGAGAUACAUAGUGUAUUUUUUUUUCCAUCGGUGAAUGGUAUUUCAUUCUUCCCUCUCACAAGCAGGAUUGUAUCGUACUACCGGAAGGCAAUAGAGAAGAGAAAUCGCACUUGACUGUGGCGGGCGGCGAUUCGUACCGGUGUGGCGAUGAGACG